UAAGACCCUUCUUUCUCCUUUCCCUUGAAGAGUGCCGGAGCUGAGCAGCCAGGUCAAACAAGCUGUCAUCCCCGCUCAGCCUGUGGGGCUGAUGCAGCGGAGGGCUCAGUUGCUAGGGACCCUGUAGGCUUUGGAGCAAGCACACCGGCUAAUCCCAUGCAGGCAAUGGGGACCAUCCGGCUGGGGAGAAGGGCUGUGAUGUACACAGUGGAAACCAUUCCUAAAGGGAAGAACCGAGUGCUGGGGACCAUCCAGAUCAUGACUGGCUUCAUACAUAUUAGCUUUGGGAUCAUUCUCAGCACCUUGACCAGUGUAUAUACCUCAUUCUUUGUGUCUGGAGAGAUCCCCUUCUUGGGAGGAGCAUCCUACAUCGUCUCUGGAUGCCUCUCCAUUGGUGCUGAGAAGAGCCCCACAGAAUGUGCAGUGAAGGGCUCACAAGCCAUGAAUAUCAUCAGUGCCAUCUUUGCGUUACUUGGAAUACUGACUUUUAUAGUAGAUCUGAGCAUAAAUGGGCCAUUUUACUCUGAAGAUAACCAUCACUAUUCCUUGGUCAUGACGGGCAACAGGAUUGCCAUUGUGUUGCUGACAUUCACUAUCCUGGAAUUUUGCAUCGCAUCUGCCACUGCCUAUUUUUGGUGCCGGGCAACCCGCUCUGACUCCAAUGAGGCCAUAUUGAUCGAACCAAACACUAUUAGGACAGAUGCUGAGAUCCCUUCCAUAGAGUCAUCUGCAAAUUAUCCACCAAAUUCCAAUGAUGUAAGUUAUGAUCUAAAAGUAGAGACUGUGUAGAAGACUCAAGGAGAAACAUGUAAGAAGGAAUUACACCUCUUUUGAGGUAAACAAAAAAGCUGGCCCUUUUCCUGCAUGACAGAUUUCCUUCAAGUACUGCCUAGCUGCCAGGCCAGUGAGGCCAAAGGGGCUACCUCUUGUCUUUCUCCACUACAGACUCAGUAUGAGAUCAAGAAACACGUGGCUCGAUAUGCUCUGCCUUGG